ACGGAUCGAAAGAUCAACAAUCUACAGCUUACUUUCAGCUACCCCUUUACUACCGCGCAGAGUACCCGACGUUUUAGGAUAUUCUAUUGAGAUAUAAUUAGCUACGCGCCACUAUUUCUGUGUCGAUUUCGAUUCCAACUUCUAAAUCUCAUCAUCAUUCGUUCUUUGAGUACGUCCUUAAGUAUAUACUUCUAUUUAUCAUGGAACGCCCCGGUUAUUUUUUCUCUCUCUCGGCGCUUAAUGAACGGGCUGAAGACUGUUUAGCGCACGAGCACAACAGACAUUUGAUAGAAGAUAGAUGGUACAAAACGCCCUGCAUCCACUUUGGGAAUUGGACUACGACUAAGGAAACACAUCCUCAAACGCUUGCGAGAUUAGGUAAUGACCCUAGAGAUUCGGAUAUCUAUGUCGAAGGAUUGGACGUUGCAUACGUCAAUUGUGCAUUUGUGAUCAAUCCCAAGACAGGUGUGAUAUUGAUUGAAGACAGGACUGAUGGAAAGACUCGAGUUUACCAAAAUAAAGACAAGACACCUAGACGUGAUAAUAGCAAACCGGGCCAUUAUAUACGGAAUGCUGUAAUGCCAGGUCUUAACUUGGUACUGUGUAUAGGCGAACCCCGUGAUCCGGUUAGGUUUGGGUUUAGAUGGAACCCGAACGCUCUUCAAGAAAGCCUGAAUUUCAUACAAAAUCGCCUUCAUGGUAUUGAUGAUGUGAUCGGUUACGAAGGCCAGACACCAGCAGGCCCCAGGACGAAGGUGAAACACCAUAUGCUAGAGAGACUUGGGGCUGGAUCCUUUGGGGAGGUCAGGAAGACGGUGGACGUGCAUUCCGGGAAUUUCAUGGCCGUCAAGCUAAUCAGUUCCCCUACCAAGCGUCAUGAUGCUCAAUGGCGAAGGCAAGUAAAACAUACUCGAGAUUGGGAGAUAAAAUGGCUUAACAAUUUUCAUCACAAACACAUUAUCCAGUUACUUGGGGCACAAGGAUAUCAGACGAACACUGUCGAGAUUUUCAUGCCACUUAUGAAGGGUAACUUGAGAAAUUGGAUGUUCAGGAGAGAAUAUGCAGCCGGCGAGGUAGCGUGGACCGCAGAAUGUAUCCUUAUGCAUAUGCUUCAAGCACUCGACUAUGUUGCUAGAGAGGGACUCAUUCAUCGCGACGUCAAACCGGACAACAUUCUGUACGAAUACAACGAAAAGGGGAGGCUCACCUUUAUACUAUCGGAUUUUGGUCUAAUCAAUAGUGCUACCCUAUCCAGGAGUCAAGCUGGCUCGAUUGCCUUCUCGGCACCAGAAAUAUUCGAUGGCAGUAGGCAGCAUGGUCCGCAGGCAGACACCUGGUCGCUAUUUGUAGUCUUGAUGUGGAUUUACAACGAGACGGGAUUCCGCGAUAAAUUGGAGACUGGAAUAUUCCUGGACCAAACUGAUAUUCGUAGGGAUGUCCUGCUCUCGGCUUUAUACCACACAACUACAUUCAACGUACGAGAUAUGGCUAUUCUUGACCAUAAUUGCCGUCCUAAUGCAAGCCAAAUGUUGGAGUUUUUUCGCGUACAAGGGGGUAGCUUUGAUGUAGACCACAGGGGCGGAACUCAGUUUCCGCGUUGGAUGGACUGGGCUUUGCAAGACCCGAGCCAGUAUAACAUGGGUACGUAUAUCAGAGGCUUAAUGGGAUGGUGAGAGAGAACAUCGCGAUGCUAGAUUAGACAGCUAGAUGUGAAUGAAUAUGUACC